UCAGGGUCUGCCCGGGCCGCGGCUGUCCCAGCUCACACGCUCUGUUUGCUCGCCAGGAGCUGGAGCAGCAGCUCAUGAUGGAGAAGAGAAACUACCGGAAGACUCUCAAGUUCUACCAGAAGCUCUUGCAGAAGGAAAAGCGGAAUAAAGGCUCCGAGGUGAAGACCAUGCUGUCCAAGCUGAGAGGGCAGCUGGAGGAGAUGAAGUCCAAGGUGCGGUUCCUCGGCCUGGUCAAGAAGUAUCUGCAGGUCAUGUAUGCGGAGCGCUGGGGCCUGGAGCCCUGCGCCCUGCCGGUGAUCGUGAACAUCACGGCAGCCCACUGCGACACGCUGGACUUCAGCCCCCUGGACGAGUCCUCCUCCCUGAUAUUCUACAACGUCAACAAGCACCCGUGCAGCGGCCGGCAGAAGGCCCGUAUCCUGCAGGCCGGCACGCCGCUGGGGCUCAUGGCCUACCUGUAUUCCAGCGACGCCUUCCUGGAGGGCUACGUGCAGCAGUUCCUGUACACCUUCCGCUACUUCUGCACCCCGCACGACUUCCUGCGCUUCCUGCUCGACCGCAUCCGCGGUGCCCUGGCCAGGGCCCACCAGGACCCCACGUCAACCUUCACCAAGAUCUACAAGAGGAGCCUCUGCAUCCUGCAGGCCUGGGUGGAAGACUGCUACACCGUCGACUUCACGAGGAACACGGGGCUGCUGGGGCAGCUCGAGGAUUUCAUCUCCUCCAAGAUCCUGCCCCUGGACGGCUCUGCCGAGCACCUGCUGGGUCUCCUGGAGGUGGGCAUGGCCCGGCGGGCUGAGGGCACCCCUAGAGGUGCAGACCUGGAGGACAUGAAGGAGGCCGAGGAGGACACCAGGCCCUUCAACACCCUCUGUAAAAGGUUCUCGGAGGACGGCAUCUCCCGGAAGAGCUUCCCAUGGAGGCUGCCCCGGGGCAACGGGCUGGUGCUGCCACACCAGAAGGAGCGCCAGUACACCAUCGCGUCUGCCCUGCCCAAGCCCUGCUUCUUUGAGGACUUCUAUGGCCCCUAUGCCAAGGCCAGUGAGAAGGGGCCCUACUUCCUGACCGAGUACAGCACCCACCAGCUCUUCAGCCAGCUGACACUGUUGCAGCAGGAGCUGUUUCAGAAGUGCCACCCCGUCCACUUCCUGAACUCGCGGGCCCUGGGUGUGGUGGACAAAAGCACCGCCAUCCCCAAAGCCAGCUCUGCCGAGUCUCUGUCAGCCAAAACCUGCAGCUUAUUUCUGCCCAAUUACGUCCAAGAUAAGUACCUGUUACAGCUUCUAAGAAAUGCAGAUGACGUCAGCACCUGGGUAGCUGCCGAAAUUGUCACCAGCCACACCUCCAAGUUGCAGGUGAACUUGCUGUCCAAAUUUCUGCUGAUUGCAAAGUCUUGCUAUGAGCAGAGGAACUUUGCGACGGCCAUGCAGAUCCUGGGCGGGCUGGAGCACCUGGCCGUGCGGCAGUCCCCGGCCUGGAGAAUUCUACCUGCAAAGAUAGCAGAGGUCAUGGAGGAACUGAAGGCCGUGGAGGUCUUCCUGAAGAGUGACAGCCUGUGUCUGAUGGAAGGACGCCGCUUCCGAGCCCAACCCACCCUGCCCUCAGCCCGGCUCCUGGCCAUGCACAUCCAACAGCUGGAGACGGGGGGCUUCACCAUGACCAAUGGGGCCCACAGGUGGAGCAAGCUCAGGAACAUCGCCAAGGUGGUGAGCCAGGUGCACGCCUUCCAGGAGAAUCCCUACACGCUCAGCCCCGACCUCAAGCUCCAGUCGUACCUCAAGCAGAGGAUUGCUCGGUUCAGCGGGGCCGACAUUUCCAUCCUAGCGGCCGACAACAGGGCCAACUUCCACCACAUCUCCAGCGAGAAGCACUCCCGGAAGAUCCAGGACAAAUUACGGAGAAUGAAAGCCACGUUCCAGUAACCGAGGACCAGGGUCUGGGUGUGCAGUUGCGACACGGAUCAGGCCCGCGGGGAGGCGGCUGGGGCAGAAAGGGGCCUCGCCUCGCGGACACCUGCGUGCUGCUCAGGGUUGCACACACUGGUGAGGCUGCUCUGCACCCAGCCCUGAGGAACGUGGGUUUUCACUAAUUUGGGAUUAGUAGGUGGAGGUUCAGGGGGACCCACCCAAGGCCACUCCACAGGGAGAGGCAGAGCUGGGCUCACACCCAGGCCCAGAGGCCAGGAGCUGACCUCUCUUCCCAACAGACAGAGCCAGGAUGGGCACAGAGUGUUGGAGAUUUGUAUGUUUCGGCUAGAACUAAAAGAUUAAAUUUCAAAAUGAAAAUGAAAAUGGAGUAAAUAGA